AUGGCUGACACACGAUCACGUGAGAAAAGGACGGAGGACGUUCCCGUGGAGAUUGAGGCUGCGCGGGCGAUGCAAGUCGGUCGAGAGGGGGAUGGGAGGGGGAGAGCAGCGGUGCGCAACAAAGCGCCUUCCGGGAACCGUCACAAUACAGGUUUGCAGCCAGGGCGACGUGCGAUACCUUCGCAGAUAUGGCCAGGUACACAUCGGGCCCUUUGUCAAACCAACGGUAAAGGACUGAGGUAG